AGAGGCCUGGCCCAGUCCCUCCAUCUCCGCUGAGCCAGGCCCCACGGUCCUCCUGGGGCAGCCCGUGACCAUCGUGUGUCGGAGCCCUGCUGGGUUUGACACCUUCCGCCUGGAGAAAGAAGGAAUAUUGGUCAAGAUUGAGAGGAGCGCGUCGCCUAACCAGAGGGAGGCGCGGUUUCCCCUCCUCGCCACGGACGCAGACACGGCUGGGCGGUACCGCUGCGUCUCCUAUAAAUCAGGCGCCUGGUCUGAGCGCAGUGGAGAACUGGAGCUGGCGGUGAUCCCUGAGGACGUCCCCCGGACCUCCGACCCCGGCCCCGUCUCAGCUGUGCCCUCAGCCCCCACUUCCCAGGAGUACCCGGUGUUGAACGGCGUCCGCCUGGGCCUGGCCGGGCUGGUCUUGCUGAUCCUGGCGGCAAUCCUGGCAGAAGCUUGGCACAGCUUGCGCAGGGCCCGGCAGGGGUGUCUGGGAUGGACACAGCAGGGCGCCCUCCAAGGAGUUUAGCCCCCAGGGCUCCAGGAAGGACAGCCAAGGGCUCUGGGCCAGGGGCCAGGGACAGGGUGCCCCAGGUGCACCUGCCAAGUCCAGACGGAGAGCAGCAGCGACGCCUCCCAGCCUCUCCUGAGCGAGCGUGUGCCUCGGCAUCGCCACAGCCCCUUGCCCACUCCUUCCUGGGUCUCACCUCCUCCCCGUCCCAUGGGGGACACCCUCUGCCCCGCCCAGGUCAUUGCCUGGGUCCUCACGCCUGUCUCUGUGGCAUCAGCACUUGGGGCGUCCCUGUCCCAGCUGUGCAGGCGACGCCCGCGCUGGAAUCUCGCCCGUCUCUCGCUCCUCCUGGCACUGGACAUUUGCAGCUGCUGGGAAUGGGGGCCUUGUGACUCAGAGCCCUGAGUGACACCUGUCGGAGCGGCCCCAGAGUGCAGCUCUCUGUCAUCAAGCGAUGGCUUUUCUGUUCUCUGAUACAAGUAUAGCCUUCCUCGCUCUCUUUGGUUUCCGUUUGCAUGAAAUAAAAUGUUCACCCACUCACUUUGAGCCUAAGUGUGUUCCUGAAGGUAAACUGAGUCUCUUGUAGACGGCCUAGCGGUGUCUUCUUGUCUGAACCCAGUCAGCUGUUCUGUGUGUCUUUUGAUGGAGAGUUUAAUCCGUUUGUAUUUACCAUAACUAUUAGUUUUCAUGGUACCUUUGUUCCAUGUUGCCUCUCUUGCUGCCUUAUUGUGAUUUGGUGAUUUUUUUUGU